AGCGCCAGCCAAUCAGAGAGGGGUUUGCACAGUUACCCGGCCGCUCUGAGAGUAAAGUUGUGUUAGGCGGCCGCUGAGUGGAGGAGAGGCUGGAGUUGUGGUGCCAGUGCAAACAGAGACAGUAACAGCACAUUGACAUGUAGAGCAGCUGCCGGGGAGCGGGGAGGCUGCAGAGCCCGGCGGCCGGCAGUGCUGCGGUACACAGCGGCUCCUGCUGCACAGGGAUAGAGGUGUCAGAACUCUUGAUGCUGGAGACCAGAGCUUGCUUGGAUAAUGCAUUAAGUGCCCUGGGGGAAUCCCUUAGAGACGCUAUGGCCAGCAGGGUGUGAACUGCCCUUCCUGGGACCCUGUUGUAAAAACCCUGCCAGAAUGGCUGAGAAACCCUAGGACUGGACAGAACGCCUUAAUUAAGAAUAUCUGCUAUAUUUGAGUUGGAAAAUUGCAUUUUGCACCCAAGAGACUGUGUUGGAAUUUUCCCACACUGACACGAUGGAUUGUGGUUCUUGCUCAAGUAAGGACAAUCAGACUGAGCUUUCUGAGAGAGUUGCUGCUAUAGAAGUGGAGGAAGAAACAGGAGGGCCACAUGCUCUGUUUUCUGCAGAAAUGUACCGUCUGAGAAAUAAUGGUAUGAGCUCUGAAACCAGUGAGGAUGUAUUUCUUUCUUCCCAAGACCAGAGGGACUUGAGCUGUUUCCAAAGAGCUACAUCUCGACCAGCACUUUCAAGCAGAAAGUUAUCACUUCAGGAAAGGCCCACAAGUGGCUGCCUCCCCUCUCAGAGCCAGGCCUAUGGUCCAUAUGCAACUGGUCCUUCAUCACACGUAUCACCUCGAAUUACCCGGAGGCCAACGAUCGAAUCCAACCGGGUCUCUAUUUCGGACUCUGAUGACUGUGUGCAGCUGAACCAGUACAAAUUGCAAAGUGAAAUUGGCAAAGGCUCAUAUGGGGUUGUGAAACUGGCUUACAAUCAAAGUGAUGACAAGUAUUAUGCCAUGAAAGUUCUUUCGAAAAAGAGAUUAUUGAAGCAAUAUGGUUUUCCACGUCGUCCUCCCCCAAGGGGAUCGAAAACAGCAUCCGGUGAACAGACCAAGCCAAUGGCCCCACUGGACAGGGUUUACCAAGAAAUAGCCAUUUUAAAAAAAUUGGACCAUGUUAAUAUAGUUAGAUUAAUCGAGGUCCUGGAUGAUCCAGCAGAAGAUAAUCUUUACAUGGUCUUUGACCUUCUACGCAAAGGACCUGUCAUGGAAGUACCAUGUGAUCAUCCCUUUUCAGAAGAGCAAGCUCGUAUUUACUUCAGGGACAUUGUGCUGGGCAUUGAAUACUUGCAUUACCAGAAGAUCAUCCACCGGGAUAUUAAACCAUCAAAUUUACUUCUGGGAGAUGAUGGUCAUGUUAAAAUAGCUGAUUUUGGGGUGAGCAAUCAGUUUGAAGGAAAUGAUGCUCUCUUGUCAAGUACUGCUGGGACUCCAGCCUUCAUGGCACCUGAGACACUCACAGAUUCUGGGCAGGGAUUCAGCGGAAAGGCACUUGAUGUAUGGGCAAUGGGAGUCACACUGUAUUGCUUUGUAUUUGGAAAGUGCCCUUUCAUGGAUGAAUAUAUCUUGGUUCUUCAUAACAUCAUAAAACAUAAGCCAGUUGCGUUCCCGGAACAGCCAGUCAUAAGUGAUGAACUAAAAGACUUGAUUGUGAGAAUGCUGGAUAAAAAACCAGAAGAUCGCACAACUGUUCCAGAAAUAAAGGUACACCCUUGGGUGACUAAGAAUGGGGAGGACCCAUUGCCCCUGGAGGAAGAACACUGCACAAUUGUAGAGGUUACUGAGGAGGAAGUGAAAAACUCAGUCAAGCUUAUACCGAGUUUGACAGCUGUGAUUUUAGUGAAAGCAAUGCUGAGGAAACGCUCAUUUGGAAAUCCAUUUGAAUGUGCAAGGAGAGAAGAAAGAUCAAUGUCUGCUCCAGGAAACCUUUUAAUGUGCCAGUUUAAAUCAUCUUUAAAAUUGCAUCCAUACUUAAGAAAGCAAGCAAGUGGGGAGGCACUGAAAGACUCUGAGCUGGCUGACGUGGAGGAAGAUGAAGGGACGUCAUGAGUACUUGCAUGCCCAGAUCAAACUCGCCUGCUGCUAUAACCCUCGCUCUCCUAUGUUGCACAGACUUGUACCCUCAUCACCAUUAUGAACCAAAGCUUGUGGUUUGUAAACAACGCAAACAACGAUCUUUGUAAAACAUAUAUAUAUAAUUACCUAAGGAAUGCGAUAAUCAAAUAGCGACUGUCUAUAUUAAAAUGCGUUUGUCAGUUUCAAACAGUGAAGGCAGCCAUUUUGUAGGCUGAAUCAAUAUUCAUGCAAAUGCAAUCUAUAAAUGUAUUAGGGGAUGCAGGUAAUUUACCGGCUGUCAGGACGCCGUCGGUCAGGAGACAGACGUCGGAAUCCCAAUAGCCGGCAAAAUGCAGUCAGUCGGAAUCCCGACUAAAGUCUCGAGUUCCCACUUGAGUGAUGGUCCACACCACCACCUGAGGGGGAAUAGAAUAGUGCUUUACUUGACACCGGGCCCGAAGUGUGGCGAGCAGACUUGCUGCGCUUGCCACCAGGAUUCCGGCUGUUGAGAUUCCGCUGUCUGCAUCCUGACCGCUGGGAUUCCGACUGCCGGUAUAACAUACCUGACCCUUUAUUAGGAACUAUGGUAGUAAUGUCUCUGGGGCAUGACAAACCUUGUUCCUCAGUUACUUAAUUUCUAUAGACAGAAUGAAUAUUGUCCAAAAUGGCUUCCUCCACUAUGUUUAGGCAACUGGUAAACUUUAUUUGUGCUAAAUGUGUCAGUCUGCAUGUAUCGGUUAAUAUGUGUAUGUAUACAGGAAAAACCAUGAACAAUGUGCCUCAUCUCCAUCUGUGCUUCUGUAGUAUACAGACUGAGUAGCUUUGAAGAUUGCUUGACCUAUGAAUGUCAUUUUAUUUAUAAUUGAAAAGAAAAACACCAAAAAAUAUUUUUUUGUUACAUUUUAUCCUAAAAAUCACUCCUACUGCGCUAUAGCUUUAGAACUCCGCCUGCAGGCUUCUCUAGUGCUAUGGGAUGGGGAUUUUUUUUUUUCCCCAUUUUUUGUAUACAUGUAUAGAGGGUUGUACAGGGACUAUUUUGGAAAACCAUGCUUGCUGCUGAUUGCAUUGAUUUUAACUGUGUUGUAGAAGUAUAAACUUGCACAUUACCUGCCUAAGUGCAGGAAAAUUGGUUUUGGGCUGUAAUCAUGGCUUAGUUCAAGUCAGCGGACCUGUUACUGUAUAGAAAUGUUUACAUUUGCAACAGGAAGGGCUAUUUCUUCUUUGCACCUGCAGCACAUCCACUUUUCACCUUCUUAUUAUUUUAUAUGUUCCACUGAUUAGCUUGCUGCUAUGAAUGACGUCACCAAUGUACAAAAGUACACCAUGCUUGCAAGCCAUCAUGGGAGAACUGGAUGCUGAUGGUUUUCCAUCUCUUGUUUACAGCUUGUUUCCUUUAAAACAGAAGUUGUGGAUUGCGAAACAAACGGCUAAUGCAUUUAAGCAUGUAAUCAUUCUAUAGAUAUUUUUUAAACAUGUUGUCAAUGAAGAAUAUACUGUCUAAUUAAAUAGCUUUUCAAAAAUACCAAUGGUUGACUAUUCCGGAUGACAAAGAAACCAUGUAGUAUAACUUGACUGCCAGUAAAGGAAAAUGUUAAUGUUUAAAGAUAAUAGCUGAUUUUUUAUUUGUGGAUCUGAUUUAAAAUAUGCUCACUUUUCACAUAUUAAACAUAAAUAUUAUUAGAAUGCAAUCGUACAUUAUCUUGAAAUUAAUUUUGAUUAAAAUUCUAAUGUUUAGAUUACCUCUCUAUGACCAUGUUUUAGAAUAUUAUAUGUAUUGUAAUAUCAAUUGUUACUAUUUCCACACUACAUGACUAAUUAUUGAUCGCCUGUGAUACUAGGCUAGUGAAAAGAAAAAAUCUAUUUCCGAGCUCUAUUAUAGUGCAAAUGUGUUCUAUUAUUUGAAGAUUAUGCAAGUUAAAUGCAAACGAAACAUUAAAAUACAAAUGGGUGCUCUUUGUGGAUAAGCAUAAAACAAGUUUCAAAGAGGAACGCUUACAGCACCUUAUAACUUAAAGUACUGCAUUGCUAUGUCUGGUCAUAUGUUCUCUUCCCAGUAGUGGAGUCUUGCACAAUAGGCUACUAUGGCUUUUAAUGCUCAUAAUAAUAUUUUAUGUCAACAACUGCAUGCCUAAUCCACCAGUUUAUAAUCCAUAAAUGUAUAAUCCACAGUGGAAUGGAUUGGGAGGUUGUUCAAUUUAUUUAUUUUUUUAUGUAUUUUGUUUUCUGUUUUUAUUUUACUAUUCACAUGCUAGAUAAUUGCCUGAUAAACCAUAUGUAUGUAUUUUUUUAUUUAGUUGUUUGUUUGUCACCAGAGAGCAUUUAUUUGAAAAUUGUAUAUAUUGUAAUUCCUUACAUGAUUUAAUACACAUUCUUACUGUUAUUUCUUUUUACCUCAAAUAAAAAUUCCAUAUUUAUGA